AAACCUACUUGUAUGACCACAGAAUCAGUCUAUAAAUAAAUGCCCUGUUCCACAAUUGGCAUCUCUAUUCUUGUCACGCAAUGGAUUCCCGAUCUCAAUCUCCCUCUGUUGUUUCCUCAGAAACCCUAGAUCACGACUCAUCACAAAACCUAGCUUCCUAUGAUCAAAAUCAUUCAGAUUUGCAAAACCCUUCUCAAGCUCCAGCUUCGCAUGAUUCAACGAAUCAGAACUCUCAGGAAAACCAUAACCAUGAUGCCCAACUUCAGGCGUCGGACAAUUCCGGUCCAAAUCAAGCAUCAGAGGAGCAAAAAGUCGGUGAAUCCACUCUGAAGCGCGAGAUUCAGAGACCGUUAUUGUCGGAAAACGGAUUGACAAACACUCACAGCGGCACCGACAGGGACCAAUCAGGCGGUGAGGAAGAAACCAGCAGUAGAAGGAGACGGAGGAGCCGUUGGGACCCACCUCCCACUGAAUCAACCAAUGAUGGGACAGGCGGCGGUGAUAGAAGUGGGACUGGAAGAAAGAGGAAGUCGAGGUGGGCCGACGAUGAGCCCAAACCCGUGAUUCAAUUGCCGGAUUUCAUGAAAGAUUUCACUGGAGGUAUUGAGUUUGAUCCAGAAAUCCAAGCUCUUAAUAGUAGAUUACUUGAAAUUAGUAGGAAAUUGCAAUCGGGUAUGCCCUUGGAUGAUAGACCUGAAGGUGCUAGGUCCCCUUCGCCUGAACCUAUAUAUGAUAAUAUGGGAAUUCGUAUAAACACCAGGGAGUAUCGCGCCCGGGAAAAAUUGAAUAGGGAGAGACAAGAGAUUAUAUCACAAAUCAUUAAGAAGAACCCCGCCUUUAAGCCUCCUGCUGAUUAUAGGCCUCCUAAGCUUCAAAAGAAGCUCUACAUUCCCAUGAAGGAGUACCCUGGUUAUAAUUUUAUUGGGCUGAUUAUUGGUCCAAGAGGGAAUACUCAGAAGAGGAUGGAAAAGGAGACGGGAGCAAAGAUUGUAAUUCGAGGCAAAGGGUCGAUCAAGGAAGGUAGGUUCCAGCAAAAGGGGAAUUUAAAACCUGACCCGGCGGAGAAUGAAGAUUUACAUGUGUUAGUGGAAGCUGAGAACCAGGAAUCACUUGAAGCUGCUGCUGCUAUGGUAGAGAAGCUCUUGCAGCCUGUUGAUGAAGUGCUCAAUGAACAUAAGAGGCAACAGCUUAAGGAACUUGCUGCUUUGAAUGGAACAAUUAGAGAUGAGGAGUUUUGUAGGCUAUGUGGUGAACCAGGGCAUAGACAGUAUGCAUGUCCUUCUCGCACCACCACCUUUAAGAGUGAAGUUCUGUGUAAGAUAUGUGGUGAUGGGGGACAUCCUACUAUCGACUGUCCAGUGAAAAAUACUACCGGCAAGAAAAUGGAUGAUGAGUACCAGAAUUUUCUGGCAGAGUUGGGAGGUACCAUUCCUGAAUCAUUAACAAAGCAAAACUCAGCAAUGCUAGCUCUUGGCGUGGGAAACUCAGGCAGCAAUCCUCCUUGGGCAACCAAUAAUAAUGGUGGGGCUGGUGCCACUUCACAUCCUGGCUUAGGGUCAAGUAUACUAAAGCCGAAGGAGUUUGACGAGACAAACUUGUACAUCGGUUACUUGCCACCUACUCUUGAAGAUGAUGGUUUGAUCAAUUUAUUCUCUCCAUUUGGUACCAUUGUGAUGGCUAAAGUUAUAAAGGAUCGUCUAAAUGGUCUUAGUAAAGGUUACGGAUUUGUAAAGUUUGCAGAUGUUCAACAAGCUAAUAGUGCUAUAACUAGCAUGAAUGGCCACCGUCUUGACGGAAGAACCAUUGCUGUGAGAGUUGCAGGUAAGCCGCCUCAGCCUACUGUGCCUCCAGGACCUGCUCCGGCAAUGCCUUCAUACCCUGUUCCUAAUCAGGGCAUGGGCGCAUAUCCGUCCCAGCAGUAUGCAGCUGGUGGUCCCAUUGGCAAUGCUCCCCCUGGUAGCUAUCCCCCACCUGGUGCUCCAGUUCCAUGGGGACCACCUGUGCCUCCGCCAUAUACCCAGUACCCACCUCCUCCUCCUGGUGCAGCCAUGUAUCCUCCUGUCCCAGGUCAACCCAUCCCUCCAUAUGGAAUGCAGUAUCCUCCUCCAAUUCCGGCAGCAUCUUCUGGUGCCCCUGCUCAGACUGUUUCUUCCGGUGAAAACCAACAAACUUAUACAUCUCCUGGCGAGACACAGCAAAGCUAUCCUCCUGGAAUGCAAUCUCAGAGUAGUGCACCUGCUCAUUCGAUUCCUACUUAUGUGUAUGGCAAUUCUGUUACUGCAAUGCCACCUAAUGCUCAACCUGCAUACCCAACAACAUCAUACAGCUAUCCAUCUUAUUAUGGUUUCGCACCACCACCUCCUCCUCCAUCUGCAUCCCAGUCCAAUGGGAACUUCUCUCAGGGUAUGAGCAAUGUUCCCUGGGCUCCAAAUCCACCAACUCAUGCACCUCCAUCAUCUGUGGAGAAGCCUGCUUAUGGUGCGGAUGCAGAAUAUGAGAAGUUCAUGUCAGAAAUGAAGUCAUGAUGCAAUUGCUGUAUAACCCUGCACUAUUAGGCUGAUGCGUUGGAGCAUUUCACCUGAUUUCUUCCCUCUUGCCAUGACUUAGUUGUUGGAAGUUUCAGACUCACAUCUUUAACCUUGUUGUACUGUUAUGCAGAGAGAUGAGACAUUCAGUUCAUUCAGCUUGUGUUGGAGCAUUAAAUCAGUGGAUUAUGGAUAUUAAUUAUGCUUUUUGUAGGAUUCGUUUCUGGGGAUUGCCUUCCAGCAUUGUUUUUCAAUUUUUAUUUUAAUGAUUUGUUGGAAUUUCUUGAUGACUAAUCACUGACAGUUUGUGUGUUUCUCUCUCCUUUGACUUCUUCACCACUAAUCUCCUUUGCUUUUCUCUUUUAACUUGGUCAUCUCUUUUACUUUUCUGGGGUCAUUUAACUAUUGAGAGUUCAGAAAGCAGCCUGAUGCUUGCCUCUGCUAUUCCUCCCAAAAGGUGAUGCAUCUUCAAAUUUUGAAGGUUCCCAGGGUAUGUGAAUUUGAUAGUGUGAUGACUGCAUUCACAUGUCUAUGGAUUAACUUUAUUAUUUGUUCUGAUACAUUUUCCAGAUGUCUUGUGACAGGAAAAAAUGCUUGUAUUGGAAUGUGGUAUCCUGUGCUGGACUGAUUUGUGUCUGAAAAUCACUUAUUCUGUUGGGUAUCUUAAUUUGAACUUUAUUUUGGAUUUUCGGUGAUGUUUAUCAAGAAAUUUUUCUGUGCAAUGAGAAUUAACUGAAGCCCAUCAGGGAGAAGUGAGGAUGAGUAGCAUUUAAAUGUUAUUUGAAUCAUAAGCUUUUUGUCAUGGUGAUUGGUAGUUUGUCAUUUGAGUUUUGGGCUUUGUGUCCUAUCUUUUGCUUGUGGUUGAGUUUUACUAGUUGUUGCUUUGGUGAUAAAUGUCUUUGCUAAGAUUGUAGGACCAUUCAAGCUUCUCGUGUAGUGGAUCAUAUUUUUGCCUAGGGCUUUAUUGGGGUUGAGAUGUUGAGUAGCUGAACUUUAGCCCUGUAUGAUAUGUUUGGAUAAUGUGUGGAAGCUUAGUAUUUCUGUUGAGUAUUGAUUUUGGCAUCUGGUAUUUUUGGAUAUCGGCUUACUAUUGCUGUAUGGUUUUGUUUCUCUUUCCAUUUUAAACCUUCUGUUUUAGACUAACUUCUUUAAGUUGGUUGUUAGUAGUGUGUACUGAUACCAGGAUGGCUCCCCAUUUCAGAAGGUAUCUUGAUUAUUCAUCCUUUCACUGGUGGACAAGUUAAUAUUAGGCGUACAGGAAGUGCUCAUCUAGGCACUUGUUAGUUCUAAAGAAUCAUUUGCAUUCUUUAGGUUGAAUUUGAACUUGCAAUUUUUUCUUUUUGAGGCGGGUCCAAUUAUUAGUUGUUUUUGCCCAACUAUGCAUGUUUUUUCUUUCGUCUUCGUCCUCCUUUUCAUGAAUCGGGAUCUACUCAAAACUGGUUUGUGAGUAAAUAUGAUUGUCCUUAUUUAUCUUUGGUGGUCACAUCCUCUGCUUCUAGUUCAUUAGCCUUAAGGUGGAUGCCUAAUCUUUUUUUGUUUUUUUGGGUAGUUGAACAAACUUCUUUGUUCUUAAUUGCAAAAUAUUUCCUCUUUGUCCAUUGUUUUGUCUAGAAUUAGUGGGAGCUUGUCAAAUAGCUGGUAACACUGGUUUGUGUUAAUUUGGUUAUUUGAUUUGUUUUCUGUCGGUUAGUUCUGUGCAUGAUUCUGCCAAUGUUUAUGACAUGUCCGUUAUCAUCUAUUUGACUAGGUAUAGCUGAGUGGUAAAUGGAAGUCUCUAGAAGCAAAAAAAUUCUUCUACAUUUUCUACUUUGUUAUUAUUUAUUUUGAGGGUGCCUAAUGGCAAAUAAGGACUACUGGAGGCCAAACAAUGAAGUUCUGUUUCUACCUUGAGUUCUCUCCUGUGGUAAGUAAGCUAGCUGCUGUGCUGCUUAGUGAUGUUGGUGUCCUAUAGAGUUCUUUGCUCUUCAUGCCUGGAAAGUCUACUGCAGAUCAAAUAUCUGACAUAACGCAGCAAAAUUCUUCUCAAGACAGGUUAAGUAUUUUGCAUCGGGCUUGUUGUACUGUCAUAUCCCACAUCUAAAUUAAAAUUUCAUACACAAUUGAACUAAAGAGAGGAUGACUUAUAAAACUGGGGAGGCGGGACAGGUUAUUGUUUCUACAAGUCUAGUUGCGCAGCAUUGUGAACAUACAGUGGUAAUAUUGUGAACGGUGUUCCCCUAUUGUUCUGAUCUCAAUGAUAGUGCUAUGUUGGGUUAGUUUAAAGUUCAGAUGAAAGGAAGGGAGUUUUAUAGAAAAAAAGCAGAGCAAAAAGAGAGUUUGCGUCAUAGCCAGCUUCGGAGGCGUUGAAAUCUUCAUAGCUAAAGUUAAUUGCUCAUCAACUUUGAAGGUUGGAUGUUUUCACAAAGGUAGUGAGUUACAUCUAACUAAGUGGCAGCCAAGAUUCGAACAACUGGAGAAGCAAAAGUGAGUUUCGUUUAUUUAAACAAGUGUAAAAUAGAUUGUAAAAGCUUUUACAAUUUUUGAAAGCCAACGACGUAACAAAAUAGAAAGAAAUUACACCAAGCAAGAGAAGAAUAGAAUUGGAGUCAAAAGUUUCAUGAAUGGGUAGUCUUUCAAAUUAGAAUUGGAUCAAUUGUUCAGCUUGAGGUAGCCUAGAACAUUCAGAUUCAACCUGGAAUUAUUUGUGCGUUAUAUUUCAUUUGCUUUCCAUCUG